GCCAGCUGCUAGCGCUAACGAGACCCUCGUGUCAGUGGCCGCCUGCGUCAAGCCGGUCCGGCGCGCCGGACUAACACGCGCGCCUUCGAACGCAUCGAAAGCCCGCGAUGGAUCUCUAAGAGGACGACGUGCCGCGCGCGCCGCGGACAGUGCACCCAAGAGCGACGGGCUCCGCACGUAGCUCGGAGUUCGAGCCGAGGCUCGGAGCCAGCGGCCGUUCGCGACUACGGUACGGCGGCGGAGUCCGCGCAGCGCUGUUCGGUGUACCUGUGGCGCGGGCGGCGGUGAGGGGCGGCUGAUUGCGGUGCGCGGUUCUCGAGUCGCGAAGGAGACGUCGUGUCUGCCAGGGAGGCGGACGCCGCAGAAGCGAGAGUGCGCCAUGACCGCGCCGCGCUCCCGGAGAGCACGGCCGCGGAGGCGAGCGGCCCAGAGACGGGGACCCGGCGGGCACCGGGUCCUCCGGUCCCGUCACUGACGCUGGCAGGAGCGGCGGGAGAGGCGGCUGACGGCGAUGCGACCUCGCUCAAGACCUACAUGGAAGACGUCGGCAGGCGGUUGACCCGCACGCUUUCGACGCCCAAGCGCUGCUCCACAUGCAACAAGAUGGUGUACUUCACGGGCAUCCGCUGCAAACAGUGCGGGGCGCUGUCGCACGAAUCGUGCGCCAACCACAGCCCCCACUGGUGCUCCCCGGCCACCGUCGUCGACCUGGGACGCCGCAGCGGCGCGGGAAACCACCAAACCCUGGAUGCCGCCGAAGACCGCUGCGGGGAGCAGGAGUGGCGCUUUUCGAGCGUGGGCCACGAGGUGCUCACCGUGAGCCCGCUGAUGGACCAGCCUUUCCUGUUCAGCAGUACCGGCGACCACGGCACUUCGGCGUCGGCUAGCCAGCUACAGCCGGCUCUGCCGGCGCCGCCGCCACCACCUCGGUCUCCGACGCUGGCGGUGACGGGACUGCUGAAGGUGGUCCACUGGCUCUCCCAGAGGCGCAAAUCUGCGCGUCCCGACGCCGUCAAGCAGCUGGGCCGCUCGCGGCUGGCCGACGAGCGGCUGGCGCGCAAGAAGCUCAAGGUGCUGAGCUCACACCAGCCGGCCGCGGCCACGCCGCCUUGCACGUGCCACACGCGCAAGGCUUCGUUCGCUGCCGGCAUCCUGUCGCCCAACGGCAGCCUCUCGUCGAGCGGCUACAUCUCGUCGUCGGCCUCGUCGGCCGUGCAGACGCCAUCAGACACCGAGCUCGACUGCCGAGGCGCCCGGGCGCACGAACCCUGCCGGCUGCAUCCGACGCGCGGUGCUGGCCUGGUGCGCCAGAACGCGGUGAUCAGCGAGCACGGCCGCUCGGGCCGCCAGUGGCUGGCCAACAAGGCGCGCACACUCAGCCUGGAGACCAAGGCCAAUGACGUCGAAAAGCUCUGCGCUACGUGGCCUCCUCUGGGAAGGUCAGCUGGAAAUCCAGCAGAGAACUUUCUUGAAGAACCCGAGUCUGGCAUUGAAGAGAGCGAGCAGGAAGACAAAUCAAAAAGCCAGAGCACCAACAUCAAGGACACUUUAGGUGAAUGGUGUGUGCCGUACAAGGACGUGGAGUUUAAGGAAAGACUACGACAAGGCAGGGAUACAGAUGUGUACAGGGGACGAUGGCAUGGUGAAGUUCUCAUCUAUACCUUUCGACACACUAAAGAGCAAGAUGUGACGAAAUUUUGGGAUGAAGUUGGCAAACUCAGCAUGAUCCGCCAUGAAAAUAUCGCUCUUUUCAUGGGCGCAUGUGCAGAACCUCCACAGUAUGCUAUCAUCACCAGCAUGAAGAAAGGCCCAUCACUGUUUGAGCAUAUCCACAUCAAGAAGCACCACCUCUCAUUCCAUACCAAGGUCAAUAUUGCGAGACAGAUUGUGCAGGGCAUGGGCUACUUGCAUGCCAAAGGCAUUGUGCACAAGAGCCUCACCUCUAAGAAUGUUGUAUUGGAGAGUAGAGUCAAGCUGUGCCUCAUGGAUCAAGGUCUCGCGGAGAGGGUACACGACCCAUCCGAUCGUGGUUGCCUUGCACGGGGUCAUCUCACCUACCUGGCUCCUGAAUUGAUGCGCCAACUCAGGGUGGAGCCACCAAAUGUUUUCUCAGACUGUGAACCAUCUCAAGAGUCAGACCUUUAUGCCUUUGGGACGAUCUUGUAUGAACUGAUUGCUGAAGCCUUCCCAUUUGGCUUUCAACAUCCACACUCGGUCAUUUGGCAAAUUGCAUCUGGACAGCAGCAGCCACUGAACCAUCUUCAAUGCACUGGGAGCUUCAAGACAUUGAUCCAUGAAUGCUGGUUCAAGGCACCAGAAGCUCGUCCCUCUUUCGUCAUGAUUGGACGACAGCUCCAGGAAAAUGUGACUCUCCACCGAAAGCACAGUUCCUCCGAGCCUGACCGCUUGCACCAUUCUGGUCUCGGCAUUGGGCGACAACCGCUGUGUUCCUAACCGACUCGUGUCUGCACUCACGUCGCCUGGUUAUUCUCCCACUUCAAGGACAGCAAUGCAUUAUCCAAUACUCUGUGGCAGUGCUUUACACCAUCCUUGCAAUAAUUGUGUGGACGGGCUGUCUUCCCUGCAAGUGGUGGAGGACUACGUAACGGCACCCGCAAGUGAUAAGAACAAACUGUUCUGUGCCCAAGUUAUGAACAAACAGGCUCCAGUUGCGACCAGCUUCAGCCUGCAUUCUUCUAGGAGAUCUCAACUUUCACAUGGCAGCUGGCUGCAAUCCAGUACAGUAGCGAACAACAUUCCAAUGCACAUGCAUGAAAUUACCUUUUUUUCUUUUUUUGCUUGUUUAUGUUUCUGCAGAUAUCUAGUGUGAAGUACCUGAAAUGAUGCAGCGUGGUCAACUAUGCUCGUUGAGGAAUGUGGGCUCCUCGGCAACGAACAUUUAUAGUGGACUGCCUACUUCAAUGGGCACCUAUAAAUUUUUGUGGGAGCCAAAAGUGUACCACUGCAACAUAGCAGUUUGCAUAAAAAAAAAGGUCGUAUGUUAAUGUGUAGACUCGGUUGUAUACAUUUCAUGUAUUUUGCUAAAUGUUAACUGCUACGAGUUCUUUGCUAUAAAAUGAACAGAAUAAUAGUCUGCAAAGCAGUUAGUAGCCAAAAGCUGUACACAUCUGGCAGAAUGCAAAGCUUGCUGGCAUACCACUCCAGACGGACCUCAUAAUGCCCGACUACAAUGAGGAGGCAGUAACACCAUGCUUUCACAAUUCGUCUUUGUUCAAGCAGGUUUCAAACCUACACUUGUACCUUGAGUUGCAAAGCACUCUCUAAAGAUUCGAAGAAUGUAACAUUUAAACUUUUUUUUUUACAACCAUGCUUCUGAUCUGUCAACGCAAACCUUUACAGCUUUUUAAAAACUGAUGUAGGGUGCAUAGUCACAUUGCUGUAACUAGCGAUUUCGAAAACUUUCGAGAUUGCGACAUUUUUUCUUGUUUGAACUCAACUGUGCUGACAAAUUUCAAAAAUCUUUUCGGCCCUACUUUCUAAAAACCUGGCUGUGCAAGAUGUAGUAACAUAGCUGUUGACUUCAUAUGGUGGAGUCUAAUGAAGAAAACAGGCCUUUCCUUCCUUGCUUUCAUUCAUACCUGUAACCACUGGUUUAUUCUGAACUUGCGCUGUGUGGAGUUGGUGUAGCCGGCAAGGUUAGUUCAGCAGUGAAUGUUUGAAAACAUUUUUCAGUCCUCUCUGUCUAGUCAGUAAAAGUACGAUGUGACCACUGCAUCUCCAUGCCCUCCCGGAUGUGUGAGGAAAAAGGGGGUCAUCAGCGUAACGGCUGUUUUAAGCUGUUUUCACUUGCCUUAUAAGCGGAGCAAUCCAAAGAACAGCAUGUACAUAGUGUUUAGUGUGUCUCUAUCAAAGAGCUGAAGUCAUCAAAGCCAAAGAAAAGUUGCAGCUUGGUCCACUGCUAUUGCACUCAGUUUUGACGGUGUGUCUUGCUGCCAUACUGUCGCCCAGUAGCAGUGCAAUGUAAACCACCACUAGAUACUGCAUCUGCAGCUUUCUUUGCCAAAACUGUUACUACCUCCAGUGAAAAAAAGUAAAUCUAGCACAGUGUUGCAUAAUCAUAACGUCACAGAAAGAUUGCAUAUUUGGAAACAAGGAAAGUAGCAUGAAGCCUUUGAAUUUGCGCUGCAGUGGCCGUGGACCAAACAGUGACACGUAACUUUACCUUUAAAUAAUGUGUUCCCUGUAUACCAAUGCACCAUUACACACUCAGGGUGUUUACUGUUUUCCAUCUGUCUAGAAAACAACAGAAAAUUGCAGAUUUCAUCAUCUAUAUCAUGAAUUGCUUCUCAUCGUUACUGUUAUAUUACUAUGUGCCAAUGUAAAGUUGUCAGUCAUCAGUCCGAUAUGUUUUUGUUAAACUUUGCACUUACCCUGUGCUUUUAUUACUUGUAGCGUGUUCACUUUUUUCUGUUGUAUGUUUUGUGAUGCCUGAGAAAGAGCAGUUAGUCUUGGGGAGGGGUUGUCUCAGUAAAGCUCCAUUUUUGCUUGGCACAUUGUUGAUGAGCUGGUAGACACAUCUAAUGAUCGUACUACUACUGCUUGUUCUCCACAUAAUGUAGAGUAUGUCACCAUGGAACUUUAAUAGUGUCAAGAACAAGAUUGUUUGUUGUGUAUUGUAAACUGGUGAAUGCUGUUUUGUACAAACAUGAACUAUAUGCUGAAUCAUAUGACCCAUUUGAAGUGCCCCAUUCAGAAAUAAACCAGUGGGUGCAUUGGUUCAACUUCAGGCCCAGUAGUUGAAGCACAAUUCAGAUGUUGGGAAAUAUUCGAAAUUGAACAAACUCUGCAAAUUACACAGAGUUUUCUACUAAGGUGUCCUGUUUUGUUUUUUACAAGCACACAAUUUUCUGCAGCACCGUGUUUUCUUUACGGCAUAAAAUGAUCAAAGGAACAAGUUCUUUAAAUGCAGCCCUAAGAUGCAGUCCAUGAGCAAAACGAGAAUAUUAGUGGGUACAUUAAAUGCACACCAAAGGAAGCUUCAUAUUUAAGCUGACUGCAGGACCAAUCUAUGUUGCGAGCAUAAAUCUGAGAGCAACUAUGAUAAUGUUCUUCCUAGGUGCACAUGGUGAGAAAAACACUAGUCAGAAAGUUGCUACUGCUUCAGACAGCAAUACAUUUGAUUUCACCAGAGAUGUGCAGCGUAACAUACCGCUGCACUAUAAUAACAGUUGAACCUAAGGGUGGAAAGAAAGCUGGCUUAAGGGUAGCAUCACUGAAGUACUGGUGAAGCAUCUAAACAGCAUUUGCACACCCACUGUUAUCCUGAUGAAUGCAAGAUGUGCACUGUCAAUCUUCCCUGUGAAUAGAGCUGUGCAUAUUUUACUAUUGAUGCCAUAACAGAUAAACAAGUAUUAGCUUUUAUAAGUUCGAAUGUUCCCAGUGUUUUACUGUAAAUAAAGUUGUGCUUCACACUGUCA